AUGAUUUUUUUCUUUUUGUUUGAGUAUGUGGCAUGUGUGGUGUUUUUAAAGCAGCUGCUUGAUGGUCCGUAUAAGGAGUGAUUAGAGUCAUUAGCUAAGUGUUUGAAUCUGAAUGGAUGCGGUCGCUGCGCUCCUGGGCGCCUCAUUAUGUACGCGCAUUAAGAGAAAGCCGUGGGGGCCAAAGGAGCGCUGAGGGGCAGGGUCUGCGGGGAGGGACAGGAUUCAAAUUGUAAAGUUGUUCCCUUUGUCAGUGGGGUAUAUAGCGCGCACUGGAUGCUACAAAGGAAAACGUUGGAGAGCUGGAUAGAGGGACAUCCAGGAUCCUGGCGCACACUAUGGCCGUCUCACGCUGCAUUUGGAUUGCCUCAUUUUUCAUCUCCAUCAUGACAAGUGACACUGGAGUAUGGACUCGCUCAGUGGACUCCCAGGGAUUUCUGUCACGGGGGUCAAACGCAGCAGCUUCGGAUGUGGCUUUACGCACGGACGCGCACAGGGAGAGAUGCGCAAAGCUGACCGUGCCGUGGCUGGAGAACGCGCAAGAAGCUCCCGGAACUCUACCAGCCUCGCUGCUGCAGCUCCGCGUGCGGCCCUUCUCUCCGGGCCCCUCGCGUGGUUUGGUUUUCCCCGGAAAGAAUCUGUUCAGUUUUAUCCGACGGGUGUAUCGCUGUUGUAAAGACGGAUUGAACUGCAGGGACGUCAAAGGCAUCCAGGGCCGCCAGAGAGGAGAUUCUGUUGUGGAGUUUGUCCUCACGAGGGAGAUUUUGGCCCUGGCAGUUAUAAGAGCGGAGCUUCACCUCCAUCUUUCCAACACUCAAAAUGUGGAUUUCCUCCCGGAGAUUCAGUUCUUGUCCAAACACAACCUCCCCACCAGGUACAGCGUGGGGUCACGCGGUGACACCGUGGAGCUAAGAGUCGACCUCCUCUUCCUCUUCCAGAGUCUGCAGAGAGGGGGAGGCGGAGCUGGACGAGGCUCCAGCUUGAUAAACAUUCGACGGUCGAUGCUCUUCUCCGGUGAGGAUCCUCCGGGGGACACCCAUGAGGAAGCAUGGGGGGACAGCCUCGCCAGCACACUCCCAGCUCUGGAUCUGGGCUUGAUCUUAGGGUGCAGCAAGGCUGGUUCUGGGGUUCCCUGUGGAAGAGGGAGCAUUCGACUCUCACACACUCCUUUCAUGGUUCUGUACUACAGAUGAGACUUUUAAAAUCUCCCUCCUCACGGACAUUUGUCUCCAAACUUAAAAAGAUGCACUUCAAGGAUUUAUUUAUGUUUUCUAAGCCAUAAAUGUAUAAAAAUUGUAAAUAUGACAUUAGUUUGUGUUUUUUCCUGGAAUAAACAUCUCAUGAUUUACGACUGUUUUCCAUGUUUGAACAGUUGGUGGGAAAAAAACAACUGAACAAACAAACAGAUCAGUUUGCGUAACACAACCUACCCCCACUAAAGUCAGCAAAUUCACAAAAAGCAUCCAAAACCUCCCAUCCCAGCAUUCCUUUUCAGAAAAGUGAGGAGAAAAGAAUAAAAAAGGGAAACAAAUGUUUAUGAUAAAAUAGCACAUUUAUUAAAAAGACAGCAUUAAUCAGCAUUUCCCCAUUUUGCAGAAGUAUGCCACAUGUGAGUCAGAAGAUCAAAAGUUUCACAAAUAUUUCCCAGUCCGGCUGCUGCCUCGAGCUCCCGAUUUAUCCAACAAAUGUCUCUACAGUAUGACAGGAUAAAUCAAAGCCCGGCAGGGUUUUGCUAGUGUGUGAUUUGCUGCCUGGAUGUUCCACCACCCCACUUUAAAUAGGCCUCGAAUUUAGGGAAAAAGGGAAAAAAAAAGGUAACAUACUGUAUAUACAUUUCUAUCAAAUACAGAACAGAUUCACUGGCUUUUAUUUAAUCAUUUUUAACCAAAUCUGAUGACAUUCACCAUGUUUAUUAGCCUCUUUAUUGGAUAUGAUAGAAAAAAGGCCUCUCAAAAAUAAUGGUCGGUCACUGUCAAAAUGCUUUGAUGAAAUGGGGACGAUUCUUUGGUUCCGAAGUGACCAAAACAAGCACCCACACUCACAAACACACAUCAAAUCAAUGGAGGUUCCAUUGCAGCAUGACUGAUGAAUCAAGAUGGAUUUGAAAAAAUAAAAUAAAAUAAAAGGCAUCUCGUUGUGUUUAAUGUCGAAUUAAGAAACGGCUAAAAAAAAAAAAAAA